UAUAUUAAAAUGUAAACAAUAACAAACAAAUAUGUAUUGUAUAUCGUAUCAAGACAUUAAAGAAAACAUUUCACAAUAUAACUCAAAUUGGCAGUGUUUCACACCGUAAUUAUGGAAUGUAAAUGAUUGAAAAAUAAAAAUAUAAAACAUAUAAGCAUGAAAUCUGGAGAAGGUCGUGAUUUAGGAGAAACAAGAAUCUCCCUGAUACAAUGUUAUUGUGGGAGCUCCACCCCUGACGGAUUGUAUAAUCUUGAAUGUGAAUCCUGUAAAUAUUUUGUGCACGGAGCUUGCUACAAAAAGGAGGUGGGUCCGAUAGUUUGUGCUCCUUGUAGUUUACAAUAUAACAAAUCCUGUUCGUAUCCUGGUAUCCUCUCCGUCCAUCCUAUCUCAGGGUCUACUCGAGAUACAGAGGAACUCAAAUAUCAAGGUCUUCAAGCUAGACUUCUCCUUGCUCUAUCACAGGGAGAGCAUACACGAUUCUUUGGUAGCAAUGGAACCCUAUCUGUUCUCUAUCUCAAGGUUAAGUUCAACCUGGAUGAUCUGGUUGCAAAGAAAUUGAUGCAAAUAGUUUGUGAGCAAGGAAUAUUUCAGGACGGAUCGUCAGGAGAACUUACAGUAGAUUACAAUAUCGUGAAUCAGCUCAAGGAUGAAUUCAUGGGAUCAGGUUCUCCAGAGAUAUCUGUCUCCGGAGACUUGUCCUGUAGCGAAGAUGAGGACAAGAAUGAGGAUAAAGGGGAACGCAGAGAUGAGGAUGGGAACAGCAUUCUUCUUCUCAGGGUUCCAGAAACAGUAAAAGAAGAGGAAAAUGUAGAGUCAGAUCCUUCGAAGAAAGAUGGAGAGGAACAUGAAAAAAAAUAUGAGGAACUGGAGAAAUAUUAUCAAAUGGAGAUCAAAAUGGAAACAAAUGAUGAUGUUUUACAAAUGUCAGAGACGAAACUGGAACAUCUGGCAAAAAAGGGCGGACGGCCUAGAGUUGAAGGACCAUUUCAUUGUGAAGAAUGUGAUUAUGUAAAUUUAACCAAAGCCAAUCUAAAGAAGCAUAUACAGAGUGUUCAUGAGAAAGUGAGAUAUCCCUGUCCUCAGUGUGAUCAUUGUUCGACCAAGAAAGAUCACUUGAAACAGCACAUCAUGUCGAAACAUGAAGGAGUGCGUUAUAACUGUGAUAUCUGCGAAUUUUCUUCCCCGGACCCUAGUACACUUAGAAAACAUAAAAUACAUAAACACGAGGGUAAGAAAUACUAUUGUGAUCAAUGUGAUUUUAUUGCAGCAAGGCAGGGAGUCCUAAAUAUACACAUGAAAAGUAAACACGAAGGCGUUACCUUCAUGUGUGAUCAGUGUCCGUACACUGCCAACUGUAAAUCUCGACUUCAACAUCAUAAAAAUAGUAAACAUGAAAAUAUUCGUUAUCCAUGUGACCAAUGUGAUUACAAAGCGCAGAAAAACAGCGAUUUAAAUCAACACAAGAAGAGAGUUCACGAAAAAGUCAGAUUUUUCUGUGAUCUUUGUGAAUACUCUGCGUGUACAGCAUAUAUAUUAAAGGUACAUAAAGAAAGUAAACAUGAUGGUAAAAUGUAUCCGUGUAAGAUUUGUAAUUAUAGCUCCCAGUACAACUACAAAACUAAACAUCAUGAACUAACUGCCCAUGAAGGAUUCAGAUACUCCUGCACUAGCUGUAACUAUCAAGCAACUUCGUCAUCAAACAUUAUCAGGCACAAGAAGAAGGUUCAUCGGGAAUAACAAUAGUUUGUAUGUAAUAAACCCAUUAUAUCAUUUAUUUAUAGUUUUGUUUAUGUUUUUAUUUUCUUUCUGUUUGUGUUUUUGUUUCAUUUCUUUAGAAAGUUAAAAUGAAUAUCUAGCUAAUUUCACAAAUAUCAUUUUUUUUAUAAGAAUAAAACUUGAAUAAAAUAAAAAUUGUUAA